AUGCUUGUGCGCAAAUUUUGUGUUGCUCUGGCCCUUGCGGCUUUGACUGGGGCUGCUCCUGCUACUAUCAAGCAUGUCUUGCAUGAGAAACGGGAUAAGCAGAGUUAUGACUGGGUGAAGGGCAACCGGGUUGAGAGCGAUGCCGUGCUGCCCGUUCGUAUCGGUCUGAGCCAAAAUAAUCUAGAAAAGGGCUAUGAUUAUCUGAUGGAGGUAUCUCAUCCGGACUCCCCCCGUUAUGGAAAAUAUUGGUCUGCAGAUGAGGUGCAUGAUAUGUUCGCACCCUCGGAGGAGGCUGUUGAAUCAAUUCGCCAGUGGCUAAAAUCAAGUGGCAUCCAUCCAUCUCGAGUCGUUCAUUCCGACAACAAGGGUUGGAUUGCAUUUGAUGCCUAUACGCAUGAAGCCGAGCGACUGUUUCUGGCUGAGUUCUACGAGCAUAAGCAUACGGCAACUUCGAGCAUGAAGAUCGGAUGCGAUAAAUACCAUGUCCCGGAGCAUAUUCAAGGCCACAUUGACUAUAUCACUCCUGGAGUCAAGCUGACUCCAGUGGUGAAGAAGCACACCAAGGCAAAGAGGGCUUCUCAAUUGGCUUAUGUCAAGCCUAAUGCUGUGGCCGCGGCAUCUGUUGGAAACCACUACGAGCUUUCCGCAAAGGCGCUGUCACUCUCUGAUGACCUUCAGGGUUGUGGAUACAACAUGACUCCUACCUGCAUUAAGGCCAUGUAUGAUAUCCCCGAUGCCACGACCGCCGUCAAAGGAAAUUCCCUUGGUCUCUAUGAGCAAGGCGAUUACUUUGCCAAGUCGGACAUUGAUUUGUUCUAUAAGGAGUAUGCUCCAUGGGUUCCCCAGGGUACCUACCCGACUCCAGCUUUGAUUGACGGAGCGAAUUACUCUGUUCCAGCAUACAGCUCGCUGAACUCAGGCGAGUCAGACAUUGAUAUUGAUAUGGCAUACUCGUUGUUGUACCCUCAGUCUGUGACUCUGUAUCAGGUCGAUGACCAGAUCUAUGAGCCGGAGGAGGUUGCCACCACCAAUCUCUUCAACACAUUCCUUGAUGCUCUCGAUGGUUCUUACUGCACGUACAGUGCCUAUGGAGAGACAGGUGAUGACCCUAGCAUCGAUGCCGUCUACCCUGAUCCGGCUGCUGGAGGGUACAAAGGCAAGCUGCAAUGCGGUAUUUAUAAGCCCACAAACGUCAUCAGUGCUUCCUACGGUCAGGCAGAGGCAGACCUUCCCGUCAGCUACACCAAGCGUCAGUGUAACGAAUUCAUGAAGCUCGGUCUCCAAGGUCAUUCCAUUCUUUUUGCAUCUGGUGACUACGGCGUUGCCUCCUUCGCAGGCGAUGGUGAUGAGAACGGAUGCCUGGGUCCAGAUUCCAAAAUCUUCAACCCACAGUAUCCCUCUAACUGCCCUUACGUGACCUCCGUCGGAGGAACUAUGCUCUAUGAUGACCAGACUGUCGAGGAUGCAGAGAGUGUCAUGCAUGUUAACCUGGGUGGUACUGCGACAAAUUUCAGCACUUCCGGUGGAUUCUCGAACUACUUCCCUCAACCGGACUACCAAAAGACUGCUGUUGAGAAGUAUUUCAAGACCGCGGAUCUAACCUACCCCUACUACUCGGAGUUUGAGGUCGAUGUCAACAUCACCACAGGUCUUUACAACCGCAUCGGUCGUGCAUACCCUGAUGUUUCCGCUAACGGUGCCAACUUCCGAGCCUACACUGAUGGCGAAGACUACUUCUAUUAUGGGUCCAGUUUGGCAUCGCCCUUAUUCGCCUCUGUCUUGACACUGAUCAACGAGGAGCGACUUCUGAAAGGUAAGGGGCCCGUUGGCUUUGUGAACCCAACUCUUUAUGCCCAUUCCGACGUUCUCAAUGAUAUCACCAACGGCACUAAUGCUGGCUGUGGUACUUAUGGAUUUGCCGCCAUUGAAGGAUGGGACCCGGCAACUGGUCUCGGAACUCCCAACUUCCCCAAGAUGAAGGAACUGUUCCUUUCCUUGCCUUAA